AUGUCGUCUUCUUCUUCGACCCAAAUAUUGGCCGAGUACGCGAAAUCGAAGAGGUCCUCCUGCAAGAAGUGCUCGAAAGCGAUCGACGCUAAGGCUCUGAGGCUGGGCUUGGUCAGCAGAGACGCGCGCGGUUUCGACGUGACCAAGUGGCACCACUUGGAUUGCUUUAACUUCGGUUCCGAGUCGGUUGCUUCGGUCGAGAAAAUUAAAGGGUUUCAGUCUUUGGAGAGUAGUGAUCAGGAAUCUUUGAAGAAAUUGGUGGCUGCCACGGAUAAAUCUCGAGGGGAGGAUUCAAAUGAAAGUACAUACGCGGUUGAAGGAAAGGAAAGUUCUCAAGGAAAAAGAGUUCAUGAAGUAGAUGAAAAUGAAAAUGAAGAAGAGGAAAGGAGCCUAAAGAAAGUGAAGUCAUCUAAAUGUGAUGGACAAGCUAAGCUGGACAUAUCCUUUACAAUUUCUGAUGUGAAAGACAAGUACAAGGAUGCAACUCUUUCACCUAAAUGGAAGGCAUUCCAAACAAUCAUAUUUCUUGAACGGGAUGAUGGACUACAUGAUUCAAGUAAAAUUGCUGCUUUUGAUUUUGAUGGAUGUCUUGCAAAUACUAAUGUAAAGAGGGGAGGUGCUGAUGCUUGGUCCCUUAUGUAUCCUUCAAUUCCUGAUAAGCUACAAAGCCUGUAUGAGGAUGGCUACAAGCUGGUAAUUUUUACAAAUGAGUCCAACAUUGAGCGCUGGAAGAACAAGAGACAAGUAGCUGUGGACUCAAAAAUUGGUCGGCUCAACAACUUUAUUAAGAAAGUGAAGGUCCCAAUUCAGGAAGUCUGUUCACCCUUUGUGAUAAGACUUCUGACGUGUAGAAAAAAUUCAAUAUUGCAUAAGAGUGUAGAAUCUUAUGAUGAGAACAAUUAUGUUGAGAACUAUGAAAUGACACAUUUUUUCCUUAAGAAAAAAAAUGCAAGGAGUAUUGAAGUUGUCACUGUCCAGGUUUUCAUAGCUUGUGGCCUUGGAAAAUCCGGUGGUCAAGCAGAAGACCCCUUUCGCAAACCCAAGCCGGGGAUGUGGCAUAUAUUGGAACAACACUUCAACUCUGGCAUUUCCAUUGACAUGGAUCAAUCCUUUUAUGUUGGUGAUGCAGCUGGGAGAAAAAAUGAUCACAGUGAUGCUGAUAUUAAAUUUGCGGAGGCCGUCGGUUUAAAAUUUUAUGUCCCAGAGGAAUACUUUGGUGUUUGA